CCCUGCCCGCAUUCCCCGCAGUCACCAUCACCUCGGGGCUGAGCGAUUGGUCGGGGCAGGAGCUCCGCUCUGAGGGGUUUGGGCAGUGCCCGGGUUCCAGGGCUGAGUUCAGCUUUGCCGGGUGAAGGGAGGGAUCUUCUCCUCUGGGAUUCCUCCUUAGCUCAGACAUCAGGUGCCUCACCUACCAGUGAAAUCCAUCGUGGCUUCUGACCUCCCGGUUUCUCCCUCCUGAAUUACUCUUGUUUGCAGCUUCUGAAAGCGAAAUCCAGUGUGAAAUUGCUGCCAAAGCAGGGAUGAUCAUAGAGAGAGUGGUGCUGAAUUCCCGCCCUGGUAAGAAUGGAGUGCCAGUGGCUGAGAACUUCCGACUGGAACAAAGUACAAUAGCAGAUACAAUCCAAGCAGGACAAGUUCGUGUUAGAACCCUGUAUCUCUCUGUGGACCCUUACAUGCGCUGCCGAAUGAAUGAGGACACGGGCUCGGAUUACCUCCUGCCCUGGCAGCUCUCUGAAGUUGCUGAUGGUGGGGGCAUUGGGGUUGUGGAGGAGAGUAAGCAUGAUAACCUUGCCACAGGAGACUUUGUGACUUCCUUCAGCUGGCCCUGGCAGACAGUGGCAAUUCUAGAUGGAAGCUUGCUACAAAAGCUCAUUCCACAGCUUGUGAAUGGACACCUUUCCUACUUCCUGGGGGCAGCUGGCAUGACAGGACUGACAGCCCUGCUGGGUAUAAAGGAGAAGGGACACGUGGCUGUGGGUGCCAAUCAGACCAUGGUGGUGAGCGGCGCAGCCGGUGCAUGUGGCUCCUUGGCUGGCCAGAUUGGCCAUCUAGAGGGCUGCUCCAGAGUGGUGGGGAUUGCUGGCACAGAUGAAAAGUGCUCCAUUUUGGUCCAAGAAAUGGGGUUUGAUGCUGCUAUCAAUUACAAGAAGGGGAAUGUGGCAGAACAGCUCCGUGAACUCUGCCCAGAUGGUGUGGAUGUUUACUUUGACAAUGUUGGUGGAGACAUCAGUGAUACAGUUAUAAGCCAGAUGAAUCAGAACAGCCAUAUCAUCCUGUGUGGACAGAUUUCUCAGUAUAACAAAGAUGUGCCUUAUCCUCCUCCCUUGCCUCCUGACAUAGAAAAAAUACAGAAAGAAAGGAACAUCACAAGGGAGAGAUUCUUAGUGUUGAACUAUAUGGACAAACAAGAAGCUUGUAUAUUACAGCUCUGCCAGUGGAUCCAAGAGGGUAAACUGAAGGUCAGAGAGACAGUGGUAGAAGGCUUAGCAAACAUUGGUGCUGCUUUCCAGUCCAUGAUGAGUGGAGGCAAUAUUGGAAAACAGAUCGUCUCAGUUUCUAAGUGAAAAUGACUGCUGCUUUGUGAAAAAUAAGUGGAUUCUGUCUCUUAACUGCAAGUUUUUACUUACAUUAAUUUCUGUUUUCUUAAGUAAACCAUUUUGUUGUUUUGUAUGUACUGAAAGCAGAGAUUCUGAGAUGCUAAGGCAGAACCUGUGCUAAUAAACUGAAUAGAAUCUGAAACAGGAA